AUGGUCAACACCCGGGAACCCUCAGGUAGGGCCGGCUCAUUAACAUCAUCGCACAUCGAAAUACAGGCACAACCUAUAGCAUCAGACGUCCUCCGUCGCGAGUCGCUGGACGACAGCGAGGAGACCGACGACUUUGCUACGAUCAUCGCACGCGGUCUUAGAACUCCAACAAGUGCUAUGCGGAACUGGCUGAACGGUCUUCCAGAUCCUGACGAACUUGGUCCAAACGAGCACUUCGCUGUGGCAGAGUACAAUGACAGGGAUGGGAGCCCCAAAUCUGCCGUUCUUGUCUACGAAAAGCAGAGCUCCUUCAAACUCACUGCUCUCAACACUGUCGCAACCGGUAAGAUCGUCCUCAAGCGCUUCGCAAAGUCCACAGGUAACGCUUUGGAACACAUGGCCGUCAUGCCGGACUACAGCAACGGCCCCUCAAUCUCCAAACCAACCCCCAACGGUCCAAAAACUUCCGUCAACACCAUCUCCCUCAAAGAAGCACAAGCCAGAGAGCAAGCCCGCAGAACCGCUUACAGACAACAACAAGUCGACAAGGCCAAAUCUCCACCACCUCUCGAGCGAAAACAAAUCGGCAACUCCAGUCGAGGGACUGUAUGGGAGGACUUUGCAACUUACCGCACUCCUUCUGAUAAGCAGCCGACUCCACCCGAAACACAAGAAGCACUCCCGCUUCCUCCACCACCAGCACCUCUCUCACCACCUCGUAUCCCGGAACACAUCAACAACCCCUCUCGCAAACCUCUCCCAGAGAACCGUCAGAAAAUGAAUCGAGACAAGGAUCUCCCCGAUAGCCCCAGCACGGACUCAUUGAGGAGGCGAACCGAUAUGCCUCCCGGAGCGAACAUGAGACUUGAACCGGACGUCGUGAAUGUUCCUGCUGUGAGACUAGCUGUCGUGAAGAACCCUCAGCGGAAAGCCGUGGUCUCGCAGUACGGUCUUGUAGUUGAAGGAUCUGCGGCCUCCUCGGGCGAGGAAACUAUUUCCUGGCCGGGAUCUCCGGCGAGUUGGGUUGGGAAGGAGGUGAAUGUUAAGCGGACGCCUAUGUGGUGGAUGUUUGAGAGGGAGAGUAGUGAGGAGGAUGAGGAGGAGGAGGUCGUCGUUGUGGAUCCUACGCAGGCUGUUUGGAAGGGUAUGGAGGAGUCUAUGAGGAAUGGUGGGGGUAUGAGGAGGACUUCUGCUUCUGGAAGGGGCGGGUGCUUUUGA